AUGCCACCCGCGCCGUCAUCGGCUGCCAAGCCCCCGCGAUUCCGGUCGCUCGACCCGGUAUUCGACCGGCAUCACAAGUACGACCUCGUUGCGGAGGAGCGGGCAGCGGAGGGAAUGAUGGUCACCGGCCGGUUCGGCCCCAUCCAGGGCCCGUCGGUGCUAGCGGCAUCGCUGCUCACCUCAGAGCUCUCCACGCCCUGGUCGCACGUACUCCGUGGGCAAAAAUGGUAGCUCCAACCCGACGCCCUGUGGACAAGGCUGACAAAAUGUAUCAGUCGCCAAGGAUGUAGACGAUGAAUCGAAGAGGCUCCGGGAGAAGGAAGGCAAUACCGUCCAACGUGGUGCAUGGAUGAGCUGGCUUCAGUUGUCGAGUCCUUCGAAUGAC